AUGUCAGCUCAUUACGAAUUCAAGUGGCCCAAAGGUCCACAAGAAGUUAUUGUUACAGGUACUCUUGAUAAUUGGUCAAAGUCAACCCCGCUUUUCAAACAUGCUGAUGGUACAUUUACCUUACAAGUGCCAUUGCCAGUUAAUAAUGAACCACUUUUGUACAAGUAUAUUGUCGAUGGGGAAUGGCGAGUAAACCCAGACGAAAAAAUCACCAAGGAUUUCGAGGGAAAUGAAAAUAAUGUUUUAGAUCCUGAAGAUUUAAAAGAGUUGGUGAGUAUUCCCGGAGCUUUAAUUCCAGAAUCUGGAUUGGUUUAUGGUCUGAACAAUCACGAUAGUACUACAUCGAAACAACCAGAUGUAUCCACCACAAAUGAGACUACCAAUAAAAAUGAAGGAUUAGCUACUGGAGGAGGUGCAGCAAUUGGCUCAUCUCUGGACGAGUACAAACAUACAGUAUUGCCCAAAGAAGAGCCACAUCAAACAAGCUUGACUGGAGAACCAGGUAUUCAAAUUCCUCAAGACAAGGAAUCAUUGGCUGUCUUUGACCAAUAUGAAUCAACCGAUCCUAAGUCAUUGAAUAAAGAUGUUAAAGAAGUAGGCACUGCCAACACAGAGACAGACGACUUUAACCAAGGGAUCCAAAUUCCACAGGAAACAGCAGCAUUUGAAAAGUUCGAAGACACUGACCCAAAAGUUCUUAACGAGAAUGUCAAGGAAGUUGGAACAGCACCAUCACCAUCGGAAUCGAAAGAUGUAACUGCAGGAGUUAGUGGAGUUCCAGAUGAUACUGCUGCUGCCACUGCUGCUGCCACUAUUGCUGCAGCCGGUGCCGCUGGUGUUGGCGCUGGUACUGAUGACACCAACGCAUCCUCAUCUUCUCCUCCUGUGACUGAGGGAGAGAAAUUGAGAAAAGUCAAGAGGGUGCAGUAUAAAUCUAAGCCAAAUAAAGAUGCCACUGUCCUUGACCAAGAGACAGCUCCCAAUUCUUCAAAAGAUGCCGAAUUCGUCCCUGUACCAGCAGCAAUUGAAACUGGGAACGAGGCAUCCAACCUUGACUACGUCAACGAUGAUUCAAAAGUUACUCCAAGUGAAUUGAAGAAUGAGGCCGCUGAGAAUGAUCAACUUAACAAGGAGGUGCGUGAUGAGUAUGAAAAACCAAAGGACAAAGAUGUGAAUGAACCUUUGGUAGCCACCAAAGAUACCGCAGUUUCUGCUGAAGAUGAUCAACCUAAACACCACUCAACUGCUAAAGUCUUGGGAGCAGCAGCAUUAGGGGGUGCAGGAGGUGCAGGCUUAGGCUCAGCUUUGGCUCUGGAUGCUCAUCCAGAUCAACCUGAAGAUGGUAUCGUACAUAAGGAUUCGGUCCAUGGCCCCUUUUCAUCUGCAAAGGAGGCCAGGGAGUCAGUAUCUGCCGAUCCUCAUGACUCUACUGCUCCAGUUGUUGUUGAUGAUAAGCAUCCCAAAACUUUGGAUCCAAAGGCUGGACAAGAGGAACCAGCUCCUGGUACAACUGCACCAUCAACACUUGCAGCUGAGCCCGAUGUGAAACCAAUCACUGGUUCAGACUUAGACGCUAAAGAAGUGAAUGCUUCUCCAGUGGCCAAGGACGAUGUUCCACACGCAACAGCAGCUCCAAAGAGCAGAGUCAGUGCCGCAGCCCCAGCUCAAGUUGUCGACGAUGAAGGGGACGACAAUGAAGAGGAGGAAAUCAUUAUCGCUCAGGGUAACCAAGAUGACAUUCUCGCUGCCGUUGAGGCCAGCGAAGGUCACGACGUAACUCUUGAGGAGAUAAAACCAACUAAAUCUGAACAAGAAAGACUUACUAGAGAAGCUGAAUUGGCUGCUCAAGAAAAAGGUCCAAUAACAAUCGAGCCAGUUGCUGUUCCAGAAGAAGAGUUGGUCAGUUCAAAGGGAUCAUCAAAGGGUAGUGAUAAACAAUCGAGUUCAAAGGGAAAGGAUGUCACUAGUGUUCCAGUCAAAACUACAAAGAAACAAGAUAAAGGAAAAGAUGAGGAGGAGAAGAAGAAGAAGAAGAAGAGAGGAUUCAGAAGUUUAUUUUCUAGAAAGUGA